AACAUUAGAGGAGAGAAAGCAGAGGAGGCGUGUGUGUGUGUGCAUCUGUGCAGUGAGAGUAAAAGCACAGUAACUACUCUUUUUUUGUGGAGUGGUGGCUCAGUGUGUUUGUGUGUGUGUGUGAAGACAGAGUACAUGUGUGUCUGGGUUGUUGAAGGAGAUGCUGCUGGGUGUGAUGGCUCUUUUGCGUUAGUACUUGUGCAGGCAGGAGAGUUGGAGCCAGUUGUUUUGUGGGACUCGCGGGGAAUGGCAAACUCACCGGUAUCCUUGGAAACAUCCGACUAAAUGACAAUGGCUGAGGCUAUCUGCUGCACUUUGGUGAACUGUAACUGUGACAGCUUCAAGCCUGGGAAGCUGAAGAGGAGGCAGUGUGAAAACUGCAAGCAUGGCUGGGUAGCACACGCCCUGAGUAAACUGAAGGUGCAUCACAUGUACCAGAGCAGCCAGGUGGAGAUUGUCCACUCCAAUGUGGUGUUCGAUAUCUGCAGUCUGAUGCUGUACGGCACCCAGGCCAUCCCCAUCCGCCUCAAGAUCCUCCUGGAUCGCCUUUUCUCUGUCCUAAAGCAGGAGGAGGUCAUCCAGAUCCUCAAUGCACUUGACUGGACGCUGCAGGACUACAUACGAGGAUACGUGCUCCAGGAUGUAGCGGGGAAGGUGCUGGACCGGUGGGCCAUCAUGACGUUCGAGGAGGAGAUUGCUACACUGCAGCAGUUCCUGCGUUUUGGCGAGACCAAGUCCAUAGUCGAGCUGAUGGCUCUGCAGGACAAGGAGGGCCAGGCGGUAUUGGUUCCCAGCACCCGCACCAACUCAGAUAUCCGCACUUUCAUUGAGCGCAACACCCCACGCACUGCUGCCAAUCUCUCUACAGCCAAAGUUGAGAAGCUAAGUGGCAACAGCAUGCACCACUUUGAGAACUUUAUCAACAGCAUGGCCUUCAUGCUGCCCUUCCAGUUGUUAGGCUCUGUUCCUGCACCGUUUCUGGGCUCACCUACAGGGACACUGCAGCAGCAGCAGCAGCAGCACCAACAACACCAGCAACCAUGCCAUGGAUCCAUGGAGCAGCAGAGUCAGAGACGAGAUGACCCAGGACGGGAUAGUCUAGGGAGGGACAACUCCAUCUCUCUUUCACACCCUACGGAGAGCAGCCUGCUAGGUUCCAGCUCUGGCUCAUUUACUGCUGAUCCGGACCGAAGUGGAGACAAACCAAUGGACACCCUCUCCACCACCACAAAAAUUGAGGCAGAGGACUUCUCCACUAGUGACAACUACUCGGACGGACCCUCCACACCAUGCACGCCCUCUAUGAGCUCUGAUGUAACACAGAUGUCACCUGAGGGCAAGCUGCGCUCCCUGGACAGGAAUGGUAGUGGCAGUGGAGGGCUCUCUGUAGGCGGUGGUGGAGGAGGUUCUCUGAAGAAGGGUCGCGUAUUUUGCAAUGCCUGUGAGAAGACAUUCUAUGACAAAGGCACACUGAAAAUUCAUUAUAAUGCAGUGCACCUGAAGAUUAAGCACAAGUGUACCAUCGAGGGCUGCAACAUGGUGUUCAGCUCGUUGCGCAGUCGCAAUCGCCAUAGUGCCAACCCGAACCCACGGCUACACAUGCCCAUGAACCGUAACAACAGGGACAAAGACCUACGGGGCAGCUUGUCUGCUGAUGAAGGCUCUCAAGGAGAGAAGAGGUCUGAAUAUGGAAGCCCCAUCCCUGUCUGCUCAUCAGAAAACCAUAAGUCAGUGCCCAGCUACAUGGUGAGCCAUGUGGAAACUGGCUCUAAACUCCACAGCAGCUCCUUCUCCAGCAUGGGCCAGAGUGGUAUCCUCUUCCCCAACUUAAAAACAGUACAACCAGUCCUGCCUUUCUACCGCAGCCUGGUAACCCCCGCAGAGCUUGCGAACACCCCAGGAACACUACCCUCCCUUCCUCUGUUGUCCUCCUCUGUACCCAUUAAACCCAUCCCAGCCCCCGAACCCUACAUGACAGACCCUAUACCAAAGAAAAAGUCUCGGAAGUCAAGCAUGCCAAUAAAGAUAGAGAAGGAGGCAGUGGAGCGAGAUGAGCAGAUGGAUAAGGACAGCAGCUCUGAAGAUGAGGCUCCUUUACAGGCCAGGGACAAGGAAGAGUGUCAUGGUAGUCGAGCAGAGGGGUAUAUGUGCACAAGACAAGCUGGAGGGGAGAAGGAGGCGAGAGGGGCUUAUGUUGGCGAAGAGAAGGAAAGGGAGGGCGCCAAGCAUCUGUUGGACCAAACUUUAGGAAGAGAAAUGUCAGAGAGGGAGGACAAAGAUGAUGGGCCAAAGCAAGCUGAAAUAGGGGUCAUCACCUGUGCAUCGCCCCUCUUUGAAAACAGACUGACAGAGAAUCACUGUGACAACAACUUACUCUGCCAGGAAGCCAACGGCAACGAAGAAAGGGAGGACAGGGAGCAUGCAGCUGACAAGAUUUCAGAGCUUAGAUGGGAUGAGGGUGAGCACAGGCUGAGUAAUGGGGAUGCUCCCCAGCUCAUAGACCGAGAGAGGGAGGGAUCCGACGGCUGUGCAGACGAUUAUGGUGACUCAGGUUUGUCUCACCUCAACCCCAACUCUGACCUGCCACACCACUGUGAGAUCUGCAGUAAGACCUUUAAGAACCCCUACAGCGUCAAGAUGCACUACCAAAAUGUCCACCUGAAGGAGAUGCACAUGUGCACAGUGGACGGCUGCAAUGCUGCCUUCCCCUCCCGCAGGAGCCGAGACAGACACAGUGCAAAUUUGAACCUGCACCACAAGCUGCUGACCAAAGACUCAUUCAGCCCAGCCAACACCCUCUACUCGCCCUCAUCCCAUUGUAGAGACAGAGACUCUGUUAGCCUGGACUACUGCCAAGACCAGCGGGACAGAGAUCUGCCCCAUCGAGACCAAACCAGCCAGACCUCGGUCAUCUUCCGGGGACACAACCGCAUGGGCCUGGUCUUCCCUAUGAGCAAAAGGUCUUCUGCACCAUACAGUGCUGAGGCAUCUCCCUUAGGAGAAAUGGAAGGAUUAGGAGGGGCAGGAAAUGGUGGUGGAAAUGGGGAGGAUGGGGCAGUCCUGGACCUGAGCACCUCCUCCUCUGCCCCACCUCGUGGCGGCGGCAGCGCUCGAUCCUCCUGGGACUCUGACGGAGCCGGUAGUGAGGAAGGGGAAGGGAUUGAAGAGGAUGAAGAGGCGCUCCCCAUGGAGGACAGUGAUGAGAGCUUUGAUGGGAUCGCCGUGGGGAGGCCCGGGGGCGAGGAGUUGGCACUUGGGGGAGAGAGGACCCUGGGCUGCACUGGGGGAGGACAAGGCGGGCUUCAGGGAGGUGGAGGUGGAUCUCCGAUAACUUGCCACAUCUGCCAAAAGGUCUACAGCAACAAGGGCACAUUCAGAGCCCAUUACAAGACUGUCCAUCUGCGACUGCUUCACAAAUGUAAAGUCCCUGGCUGCGAUACGUCCUUCUCCUCGGUGCGAAGCAGAAACAGGCACAGCCAGAACCCGAAUCUUCACAGGAACCUAGCUGUUAGCUCAGGUCCUGCGAUGGACCAGGAGUAGGGAUUUGAACUCAUAUGCCAAAAUGACUGAUUUCCUCUGUUCCAAUAGUCUUUUUGUUGUUGCUGUUCGUUUUUUGGGCACCUAAAGAAGGCUCACCAAUUAGCACUUUUUAAAUUCCAUACUGUAGUCCAUUCUGUUGUCCUAUUUUGGGAAAAAAAGAGAGAAGAACAGUCAGGAGUUAAUUUGUUGUGACAAAUGGCUUUUAGUGCAAGGCAAAAAUUGACAACUGAAAUGUACACCUGUCGGUAAAUUAAUCUUCAGCACUAAGAAUGCAACCUCAGUGAGUUUCAAGCCUUUGUUGUAAUGCAGUACUGAUUUCCUUGUAUUGGUUUCCCUUUACAGCCCAGUUUAACCCUUAAAAUAUUUCAUUUAUAUGAACUGAAUCUUUCCAUGUGUUGUCCAAGUGAGAGUUGAGCCAUGAAACUGUAUCAUGUGAGUGAUUUUUUUUCUGGUGUUUUUGUUGUCAGACGUCCACAUCUUCCCUUUGAAGCUGUGCAUAAUGUGUUGAUCAAAAGCAGUAGUAAAGUAACCUCUACAUGUGUCAUUUCAUUUAUUUGGCCAAUGGUCUUCAAAAAGAGUCUUUGUUGAAAAGCUAUAGUGUUGUGAGCUUGAUCAAUAAGUUAUUGUAUGGUGUUAUAUGAUCUGUCUGUACUGUUCUGGUUGUUGCAUACUACUAAUGUUGACCAAAGAUUUUUUCAGUCCACAGGUGUGUAUAGAAACCCCUUCAUACUGUUUAAGGGGUAUGCAGUAUUAAAAGGGCCUGCCCAGUCUUCUCUCAUCUACUUUGUGAUUAACAGCAGUAUUCAAAUGUGGGCUCUGUUGUAUAAUAAAAUAAAAUUCACCCAAAAUAAAAAAAAUAAAAAAGACUUUUACUGAUUGGGAUGAAGAAAAUAUCCUGAUAUUUGUGGUGUUUUUGUAAAGAAAUCUGCUCAUGGGACUAGAAUUGAUUAAGGCAUUGCUCUUGUAUUGUCUAUGUGGUUGCUUGCAGUAUCCUGACUGACUGGACAAACAGCAGGAAGAUAUGCUGUGUCUGGAGGCUAGAAGCAUGUACUGUGAAUGAGUCAAACACUGAGAAAUAAUAAUUUAAAAAAUGCAAUUUAUAAUAAUGGCCCCACACAUGAGCACACCCUUAAAAAAGAACUGGUAAACAAAAUGUUUAUUGAGCUGUAUAUUCUGUGAAUAGAGUAAUUUGUUAUCUGAAAGAAACCAAAAAAUAUACUGUAUAAAAUAUGUUAAUUUCACCACUAACAUUACAUGUUAUCUUUUUUCUUUUUUUUUUUCAAAAAUGAAUGAACAAGAACAUUGUGCUGUACAUGUCUGAUUACUUCACCAUGGUUUACAAUUCUGGUUUUGCUCUGUAUUCUGUGGAUUAUUUUUUCAUUCUGUAUUUAAAUGCAAUGGGCCAGAUUUAAGAUUUCAUUUGUUUGUUGCUUGGAUUUGUUUUUUUUUUAAAAAACAGCAUAUGUUGAUAGGUGUUCAUGUUUCCUUUGAUUUAAUGUUACAAUAUUCAUUCCAAUUAAAUAAAAAGCCAUACAUUUGCAAGCC